CCAAUUUUUAACCUGUUUUAGACUCAAUAUACUUCCGCUAUCAAGAGCUAGAAAGAGGUUUGAUUCACCCUUUUUACCUGGUACUCCCUGUGCUGUUUCUGCUGUUUGGAACAAAAUGAGCUUAGUCUUAGGUGCUGCAUCUAACUUGUCUGUUGUUGAACUGACAGCUGAUGUGAACAGUACAGUGGAACAGCUCAAGGAGCUGGAUGCCCAACUGAGAAGCAGAGGGAAAGUGGACCCUGGUUCCAUUUAUAUUGAUGAAAUCAUUGCAGCAUUCAGGGAACUAGAUACUAAAAGACACAAGGCGCAUGAAUUACUGGAGACAGAGACCAUCAAGGCCAGCAUCCUUAGGCACAGACUGGCUAACUUUCCUCACAAACUCAAGGCUGAAAUCAAUGAUCUAAUACAGUCAGCUCGAGAUACUAAUGAAGCUGAAAUGAGGCGGUUGCAAUCUGAGCUAAAAGACAUCGAUGAGGAGGCAGAUCAGUCAGAAAAAACACAUGAAGUGUUGAAAUUACACAAUGAAGUAUUAGAGUCACAACAAACCAGCUUGAAGUCCAAGCACUCAAGCAUGGUGAAGAAACUCAAUGAUUGUAUGGGGAAGAAAUCAAAGAUGCAGAUUAAAUUGAAUGAGACCCAAGACAAGCUUAAUAGCACUAACACAGAGAUACAGCGACUAGAGUCUGAAAUGAUGAAAUUAGAACAAGACAUGAUCCAGGCUAAACUUCAGUUCGAUCAUGAGAGGAGUAAGCUCUCUCAACAAACAGCGGACGCCAAUGAGAAAUGUGCUGAAAAGAAUGCCGAGAACCAAAGUCUUACAAAGGAACUUAAUAACCUCAAAUCAGAAGUUGUUGAGACUGCUCUUAUUGUCUGUGACAAAAAUAAGGCACUACAUGAUGUAGAGGCUAGUAUUCGCAUGCUAACCGCUCUGGAGGAUGAGCUCAAAAGGAAGCUUGAAGAGGGAGAGGAGAAGACCAAGAGAUUGCAGAAGAGUUGCACGAGUACAGAGCAGGAGACAGUCAAGAUGAGGGCAGAUUUUGCCAGUAAGAAAGCAGUUAUGCUGGAAAAGACUCUACUGUUUCAGAAGGAGUUCGAGUCAGAGGCUGUUACAAUAACAAAACUUCAGGAAGUGAAGAAAGCCUUGAAGAGAGAUCACAAGCUUGCUCAAGAGGGCAGUGCUAUGCAGUCCAGGGCGCUCAAAGGCAUACUGGAGAAUGUGAAUGGGUCCAAGCGCACACUCCUCUACCAAGCAGAGGAGGGGGCCAAACUGGAGGCCGAGAACAAGGAUCUCCAUUUCAGAAUAGCACAGCUCAAAGAGUCCCAUGCUGUGAAUGUUCAACUUCUGAAAGAUGAGAUGACUGAUGGAAAAGUUGCAAUGGACAAGGAAAGAAAAACAAGGGAGGUAGUGGAGGAGACAUACAAUGCUCUGCAGGCUCAGCUGGUCGCUGUGAAGGUAGAGCACACCACCAACAUAGCCAAAAUGGCCACUGACACAGCAGACGCUCACAAAAACUACUCUGACAUGUGUGAUAAGGCAGCAAGUUUGGAGAAAGAGCUGGAGGUGCUUGGCAUAUCCAUAAUGACCAUCAGCCGUGAGCUCAGCAUUGCCAGCACACGCCUCAACUCCAUGAGAACCACUCUUACUGAGAAGGUUCACGAGUUAGAGCAAAACAUUGCUGAUAUGACCGAUGAAAUCACAGAUAGAGACGAUACUCUCUCAGAAAUAGAGCCAGUCUGUGAUUCUCUUGAGUCUGAUUUCAAAGAAAAGGGUGAUCAUUAUGAGACAAAGAAAAAGGAUAUUAUUGCAUUGAAGAGCAAACGUUCUGAAUUGGAUGAUGGUAUAAAGAGAAUUGAGAGAGAUUUAGAAAAAAUUCACUUACCACAGGAGAAGUUACGUAUGGAGUCACUACGAUGUCGUACUUACACUCGACAGCGUCUGCGUGAGAGGGUGAUAGAAGUGGAAGAAAUGGAGAUGAGAGUGGUGGAGGCCAGGAAACAACUCGCUGCCAUCACAAACGAAAAUGAGAGGAUUGAAAAGGCAAGCGAUGAUUUGAGCAACGAUAUUGAACAGCUGAAAACACUUUUUGCAGCUAGAACUGAAGUUGAAAAGCAGCUAGAUGACGCUUUGAGAAUGCACAGAAGUAAGUUAUCCAAGCAAUGGAAGGACAAUGAGGAAUUAGAAAAGACAGCAUCUAAAAGAGAUGAAGUACUGCUAAGUGACCUCACUAGGGUAAAGAAAGAAUCGGAAAAAAGGCUGGAAAAGAUCACUUCGAUUCAUGAAGGAUUUGAUCGAGAGCUACAGGAGUUUACAGACUAUCUUACAACUGCAGCAAUAGUUGACUCCAUGCAAUGAAUGUUGUUAUUAUUAUUACAUGUCACAUGUACUAUAUGUAUACUCUUAUCUACUCUUGAUGUUGUAUAUGAAAAUUUGGCCAGCUUG